AUGGUGGGUGCCAUGCAGUUCUUUGUUUCGGUGACUUUGCUGGGGAUGAGGACGCUGGCUGUGGAGAAGCUCACUUUUAAGGAAGCGCUGCAACAGCCGUUCGAAGGCUACUGCGCAGAGGCUCCUGACGCACAGCGAUCCGGUUUCCCAGAGCCACCGCCUGUCCACCUGCUGCGGGAAUCAAAUCUUCAGCUUCGUGGGGUGCAAUUGGUAUUCCGUCAUGGUGCUCGAGAUUUGUCAUCUGACAAGCCAUGUUUCAAGCCACUGCGGCGGGCCUUCAAGAACUGCUCAGUACAGACCCUAGUCUCCUUUACGGGCUUGGCACCCUCUGAUCCAGAGCCGCUGGUCCGUGAGGUUCUUGAUGCAUUUCCUCUGAGAGAAGCUUGCUUUAGAUUGGAAUCAAGGGAGAGCCAUGACAGAUGGGCCUUUAGGUACUGUGUGCAACGAAGCUACGGUCGUGGAUGGGAGGGGAAGGCUGAUCACCUUCCUGUACCUGCAUUUGUGAGCAUUGUCAUUAUCUUCCCUCGCGAAGGUCUUCAGGCUGUUGCAGGUUGCGUCGAAGCGGAUUUGCCUGGCUCUGGCUACACCUCGGGCCUCGAAGGGUGUGGUCUGGGAGUGCUUCUGGAUGAUGCCAUUCCGCAGACCAAGGCUCUUGCAACAGAGCUUCGCAGGCAAUAUUUUCACCGCUUUUCAGAGCCUCCAAGCAUGAACACUACACGGCUCUACUCCACAGGGAAGCUACGCACAGAGGCCACACUCUUUCUGAUGCAUCGUGAGCUCUUUGGCGAUGUUCCCGGUGCACGCCUCUUUUCCCGACCGGUGUCUAGCGAUCCCUGGGACAUGAAUCAACAUUGUCCUCGAGCAGGGCAUGCACGCCAUGCGAGGCACUACAAGACCAGUCAAGCCCUGAUCGAGAAACGCUUUCCAGCUUUUGCCAAACAAUGGAGGCUCGCUGCAGGGACUGACUUCCAGGCAGGCUUCCAUGACUGCUUGUUGGUGGCCAAAUGCUCAAAGCAGUUGGAACUGCCAGAGAAAUUGGAACCCGAGAGCUCCCUUUUCACAGAGGCUUUACGCGUGUCCCUGCUGCUAUUCCAAGAGCAUUACAUGCAUGAUCCUGAAGCCCUUCACUUGCUGGCAGCCCCUGCUCUUGUAGAACUUGAAGACUUCAUUCUGCGGCAAGCAGGAAAUUCAAUGCCCUUGGCACUCUGGGCAACCCAUGACGCAACAAUUUUGGUCCUGCUGGCAGCCUUAGGGCUCUGGAAUGGGCAAUGGCCACCUUAUACAGACACACUGUUGAUAGAAGUGUAUGUGAAGACAGGUGAGAUCCCUAUGGAACCUGCCGCAUUCUUCCGCUUUUUGCACCAUGGACAUCCAGUGACCUUCCCCUGGUGUGAAACUUACUUUCCGGAACUGCCCGGGCUUUGCGAUGUGAAGUCGUUCCUCCCGCCCUGGAUUGCUCCCUUCCGUGACCUGCGCCGCCUGCGGGAUGCCUGUUACACCAGGGUCGAGCGCGGCACAGAAGCCUCGGUAGAGCUUCAAGAGCUUGGUGGGAGUGCCGGCAACAUUGCGGUGAAGGUGCUCUUUGGUGCCUUCUUGCUCUUGCUGGGCUACUCCUGGAGGGAGAUCUCCGAGCUCACACUCCGGACUCGCAAGCUGGCUUCAGCUCGGACUGUGAACCUUUCUGAAUGUGGAUUAACCGCUGCAGUGUUGCCUGAGCUGUGCAAUGCCUUGCCCAAAUCCUUGCAAGAGGUUCAGCUAAGUGGAAAUCUUCUGGGGCCUCAAGCGCUGGACACCUUGGUGCCUUGGCUUGGUGGCCUGGACUUGCUGCAUCGCCUUGCACUGGGCGGGUGUGCCCUUGGCGCCAGUGCCAGUCGUUUGGCGCUCUUCCUUCAGAGGUCGUUGCCACCACUGAGAGUGGUGAACCUGCGGCGGAACGAGAUCCCUUCAGCUGCUUGUGGGCUGCUGACGGAUGCGGCUGUGGAGAGUGCUACUCUGCAGGAGUUCUCGUUGGCAGCGAAUGAGGCAACGCCCGAAAUGCUCCGGAGGUUGGAGAAGGCUUUGGCAAAGAAGAUGUUCAUUGCCAGCGUCAGCUCUGAUGGUUUGCUGUGCGACUUGAGAAACCGGAGCUUCACGACUGCGGGCAUCCAGAGCAUCACGGAGCUCCGGGAGUUCUCCUCUUUGCGCUCUCUGGAUUUGUGUGGCAACGCUUUGACAGAUGAGGCCGCAGAGGUCCUCCUCUCUGGUUUGGGGGCCAGCAUUGAAGAGGUGCUCUUGAGCAUCGACUCACCAGGAGCCCGACGCCUCCGUGGCCGCGCUGCCUGGGGUGCCCUGUGUGGUGCUUGGGAGCGGUGUCCGGCCACCACAGCAAAAGCAGCCGGACAUCGAGGUCUGGGAGAUGAGGGAACUAUGGAGUUGGCCAGCUUGAUGGAAAGGAAGAGUCGUUUGAUGGCCAGUCCUCUCCAGUGGUCUUCUCUCGGACUGCAGCACAAUGCAAUCUGCUCCAGUGGUGCAGUGGCUUUCGCCGGCGCUUUGCCUCAUUGCCCGCAACUGCGUGAGCUGCUGCUCUACAGCAACUGCAUAGGCCCAGAAGGAGCUGCUGCUAUUUGCCAUGCUUUGCCAGCCUCCUUGACUGCCCUUGACCUGGGCAGCAACCACCUGCAGAAUGCAGGGGCCAAAGAGGCCGCCAGAGGCCUUGCGGGACACCCGCAGCUUCGCGAGCUGCACUUGGACUACAAUGAACUUGACGAUGAUUGUGGUGACGCAUUGAUGUCCGCAGUGAAGGAGAUGCCGCGGCUGCGAAGCCUUUGGCUCCAAGGGAACCAGCUUUGCACUAAGAAGCUGCUCCAGGUCUUGGAGGAACGCCCACCCUUGGAAGCGGAGGAAGAGCCGGAGGCUCAAACUCCAAUCAUCAACGCGCCCUUGCUGCCACUUGAAAGUUUGAAGAGUGAGAACUUCGCCGAGCGCUGUGCACACUUGGCCUUUGAGCGCUACUUUGCUUCAUGCGGAGCACACGCCUUGAGCGCACGUGGCCAGGUGGUUUUGGCCGCUAUCCUCGCUUAUGAUCUGACAAACGAUGCAAACCUUUGGAUCGUAUCAUUGGGUGUGGGCACCAAGUUCAUGCCUGCAGAUGCUGUGAGGGCCGACGUACGCCACGAGCGAGUCCGAGACUCCCACGCAGAGGUUUUGGCAAGACGUGGCUUGAAACGUUACUUAUUCAAGGAGGUGCAUUCGCUUCUCCUUGGCGAUGCUUCACAAGCAAAGCUUCUCAAGGCGGUCGACACCGUCGGCAGCGCCGUCCCCUUCAAGAUGCGGGAGGGAGUUACACUCCACCUUUACGUCAGCACCGCGCCCUGCGGCUGGGCCAGCAUUCGGGCACGGGCGGAGGCUGAAGACCACGGACCUAGAAAGGUGCCAUUCUUGGUGAAGGGCUCUGGGGAUGCUCAGGCUCCUGCUGGGUGUGUGGGCGCUUUGACCAUGGGCGAGGCAGUCUCUUUAAGCUGCAGCGAUAAGGUUGCUCGAUGGCAGCUCCAAGGCAUUGAGGGACUCCUUUUGAGUUCCUUGGUCCGAGGCCCACUGCGACUGAGUACGAUCACAAUCGGCCGCAAGUUUGACUACACAAGCUGUGUGCUUGCUUUUGGAUGGACUCCUCAACCUCCGACCAUCUUGCAGUCUAGCCUAAGCUUCGAGGCAGCGCUGGCAACGGCCAGAGGCUCUUUGGCAACAGACUUUGAGAAGGGAGAUGGAGAUGAGAGCUACGUUUGGAGCGUUGGUGAUGCCCAAGCAUCUAUGCAUGAUGGCAGGACUGGCGCAGCUUUGGACUGUAGAGGAGCCUCCCGGCAAGCUGCACCUCAAGUCGCCGGUGCAAGUUUGCUGGCGCUCUACAAAGCAUUGCCCAUGCCUUCGAGAGAGGAGAAGGACAUGGCUUCUCCCUACAAGGAAGUCAAGAACCAAGUGGCCCAGAAGCUGGGCACAACGCUGGAGAGGCGGCGCCUUGCACUGCUUGAUGCCUUCCAGAGCAGGUUGGGGUCUUUGGGCUUUGCGGAUCUUUUCACGUUGAUGGCAAGACCCAUGUGGCAGGUGUGCACCUGA